AUGCGUUUUACAAAUAAAAUUCUACUUACUAUCAUAAUCCUAUUUUCUAUUCAAUCGUAUUUCUGUCAACAAGAUUCGAAACUUUUAAAUCAUGAUAUUAUUAAUUAUAAUAACAAUCAAACAUUAACUCUUGACAAUAUUUUUACAGAAAAUUCAUUGAAUAUCAAUAGUUCAAUACCUAAAACGAUUAUUGAAUAUUCAUCAAUAAUUAAUAAACACACAAAAUAUAUAACUGAUGAAGAAGAUUAUACUUCAAAUGAAUCGAUUGAAUUUUCUAUUUAUACAACUCAACAAAUAAUAACUAUCCUUGCUGGUUUUACUUCGGAGAAUAUUGAUUAUAUAUUUAAUAUUGAGAAUGGUCGACCGAAAAUAAUUUUUUCACGAGAUAAAUUAUCAAAUUUAAUUUUAACAACAAAAAACGAGUCUGAAUUAAUUAACAAUGGACAAUGGCAUCGAUUGAGUGUCGAACGAACAAAUCAAAAGUUACGAUUUAUUCUCGAUAAUAUCGAACAAUCUAAUAUUGAUUUACCUGAUGAAUGGCAAACAAAAACAAAUAUUUUCAUUGGAAGUGAAUUAAUACCUGCACCAAAUAAUGAUUUCAAUGGUAAAAUUGGCGAUAUUAGAGUUAUCAAUGUUAAUCGAUCUUUAACACUUGAUAAAGAAGAUUAUUCAAAUACAACCGAUGAAAACUUAAUAGAUUCAAUAACAAUCAUUAAUAAUCAAUCGGAAUUAAUUCAAACAAUUGCCUUUCUUCCUGAUAAUAAUAAUGAAAUCAUAUUAUCAUCACCAAACAAUUCAUCAUUUGAAAGAUUAUCAUUUUCAUUUCGUACAUAUGCCAAUGCUAGUACACUCAUACAAUUUGAAGAUGUUAAAAUAAAUAUUGAUAAUGAUGGUUAUUUAACAUUAGCUGUUGAAAAUCGACAAACACAAAGAAUUUUCUCAUCUAAUGAACAAAAACCAAUUAAUGAUGGUAAUCUUUAUUUUGUUCAAUUAGAAUUAAAUAAUCGUACACUUGAAGUAUGGAUGGAUAUAAAUAAGAAAACUUUUAUUGAACUAUCAUCAUCAUUUUUUAUAAUUACAAAUUUUACAUUUGGUUUACAUAAUGAAUUUAUUGGAUGUAUAGAAAAUAUAACCUAUAAUCAACAAGUUCUCAUAUUUCAACACUUACCAUUGAAUCGUCAACAAUGUUCGUCAAAUAAUAUCAUUUUAAAAUCAAUACAUGAUAUUUAUAUUGAUCAAAUUAUUUCAUUUGAAGAAUAUGAUCGUCCAUUAGUUAUUAAUCUUGAUAAUCCAGAAAUAUUUUAUAUAUUUGCAUUUUCAUUCUAUACACAAGAAUCAAAUAGUAUUAUUUGUUCAUUAGCUGAUAAAACAUAUGAUAAUAUCAUUACAUUAAGUGUACAUCAUGAACAUUUAGUAUUAUCAUAUAAUAAUAAACAAAGAAAACGUAUAGAAAUGUCAAUGAAUAAUUCAAUUAAUGAUAGAAACGAACAUAAAUUAGUUGUUCGAUUAAUUAAUAAAGAUAAAUUAGUAUUUGAACUUGAUGGAUAUAGAAUAAUAGAAGAUAUUUCAAAUAUAUUUUAUAUUAAUACAAUUUAUAUUGGAAAAUUAGAUGGUUUUAUUAAAGAACAAUAUUCGGAUUUGGAUGGAGAAAAUUUUAUUGGUUGUAUUAAAGAUAUUAUAUUAAAUGGCAAAUCAUUAGUUAAAUUAGAACAUAUAUACCGAUCAAGUCGAUUAGGAAAUAUUUGUCGAAUAACUAACCAUGAACGUAAAAAUGUUAUAUCAUAUAUAUCAUCAGAUAUAAGUUUUUCAAUACGUGAUGAUCACGAUAUAAUUGAACUUGAAAUGCCAUAUAAUGAUGAAUUUUAUCAUUGUCAAUUAUCAAUAAAAACACGAACACUAAAUGGUGUCAUUCUAUCAAUGUAUUCCAAUGAUGAUGAUUAUGGUCUUAUACUUUUUUUAAAUAAUGGAAAAUUACAUUUAAAAUAUCAUUCAAUAACAGAUACAAUCUCACAAUUUAUUUUUAAUGAUAAUCAAACAAUUAAUGAUGGACAAAAACAUGAUAUAUUAAUAUCACGUCAAUUAUCAAAACUCACUUCAUAUAAAAAUAUGUUUAUUGAUAUUGAUCAACGUAGUACUGAAAUAUCAUUUUCAUCAUCAUCAUCAUUACUAGUUUUUGAUAUCAUAAUUAUUGGUGGAUCACAUCGUGAGAUGUCUACUAAUGUAUUUAUUGGUUGUUUUUCUAAUAUAACAUAUAAUCAUCAUCCAUUAUUACCUGAAGGAAUUGUGAAAUUUGAUCGUUAUGAUUGUUUUUAUGAUCAAGAUUCGAUAUGUGAUAGACAAAUACCUUGUAAUAAUAUACAACCUUUACAAUUUUGCGGUCAAAUUGAUUGUUCAUUAGUGUGUAUACCAUCUUCAACUGAUAAUACGAACAAAAAAGGUUUACUUCGAUAUUUUUCUGACAUUGAACAAGGAGAAUAUGAACAAAUUUAUUUAACAAUAUUUACAACGACAGGUAAUUCAACUUUAUUUGUAACAUCUAAUGGUUCAACUCAAGUAUCAAUUAUCCUUCAGGAUUAUUAUCCACGUUUAAUCAUUCAAAAUGGUGGAAUAAUUUAUACAUAUGAUUUUCCUGGUCGUGUACGAAAUGAUCAAUGGCAUAUAUUACAAUGUCAAAAAACAUUAAAUACAAUUGAUUUGACAUUUGAUGAUGAAACAAGACAUUAUACGAAUGUAACUGAACAUUUUACUUUAUUUACUGAUAAUUUAAUUUAUAUAUGUGGAGGAAAUUUUAAUGGUUAUAUUCAAGAUAUUAUACUGACGGCAGAUAGCCAUUAUGAGAAUUUAAUACAAAAUUCUAUUCAUAAUCCAGGUUUAAUCGAUUAUGAUGCAAGUGUUACUUGGAAUAAUCGUGCAAAUAUACCUGAAUCUGCACCACCUCCUCGAUCAUCUCAAUAUGAAUCACGGCCAGGCGGCUCCAUGCCGUGUUACCUUGGCUGUUGGACACCUUGUGAACGAAUCCAGUGUCUUAAUGGUGGUUAUUGUAUACAACCAGCAACUCAAACAACUUUAGCUUAUUGUCAUUGUCCUUCACAAUAUACUGGAUACCGCUGUGAACAAGGAGUAACUGUUGAUCCAUGUUUAAAUUAUCAAUGUGGUCAUGGAACUUGUAAUAAAGAUCGUAGUAAUCAACCUUAUUGUUCAUGUUACGAAGGUUAUGGUGGUUCACGAUGUGAAACUCAAAUUGAUGCAUGUGCUCGAGUAUCAUGCAACUAUGGUACAUGCAUUAAUGAAGGUACAUCUUACAGAUGUGAAUGUCAUGGAGGUUACGAAGGUCCAGCAUGUGAUCGACAAAUCGAUCCAUGCGCAAGUUUUGUUUGUUAUAAUGGAGGUGUAUGUAAUUCACAAUAUGACAGUCAACCAUCGUGCCAAUGUGCACUUGGUUAUCGAGGAGUAAAUUGUUACGAAGCGGAGGUUAUCGAUCCAUGCUCGCGUUAUGAUUGUUAUGGUGGUACGUGCACGAAUGAACGAGGUGCAGCUCGUUGUAUUUGUCCACCAGGACGUGCAGGCACUCGUUGCCAAGAUGACAUAUGUACAAUAUACCCAUGUGCAAAUAGUGGUCAGUGUGUUCCAGAAGGUGGUAGUCGACGUUGUAUCUGUAUGUCACCCUAUUAUGGUGAUGAUUGUAGAGAAGCUCAGCGAACAAAUCCAUGCGAUAAUAUCUAUUGUGGUUUUGGACAAUGUCAUGAAGGAUAUUGUGAAUGUCAUGGAGGCUAUUCAGGACCACGUUGUGAUAUUGCACCUGAUCUUUGUGCGGGUGUUAAUUGUAAUCAAGGUACAUGUUUUGAAGGUCGUUGUACAUGUCUAGAAGGCUACACAGGAACUUAUUGUGAAACUUUAAUCACAACAUCUCCACCAGUACCAUCAGUUCCUCAAACACCAUUACGUCCACUUUUAACACCACAAACUGUUGGUCUUGUUGGUCCAAAAAAAGGUCAAUUAAUUGAUUAUGGUCGUUUAUUAGGUGCUCGUGCUGGUCCAAUUGGUUGGCUAUUAGCACCUCUUGCUGGUUUACUUUUAAUUCCACUUGCCCUUGCAUUUGCAGCACGUAAAUGUACACAGGGUGCUUGUUUACCAGGCGGUGGUCGUUAUAUACCCGUAACUAUGGGUACAACAGGUGCAACCCAAACUGAUAAUGGUGGUGCCGGCAAUCGUGUAACUCGUGAUCUUAAAUUAAUUGAUGAACGCGAAUUGAACUUAGCUAAAGCAGCAAAUGAAACAGAAACAACACGAAUCGAACAAACACGUGAAAUCGUAAGAGAAUAUGGUGGUAUGGAAGCUGCUGCUGGUGCUCUUACCACUUAUCCAACAAUGUCAUCACGUUAUGGUGACUUUGCACGAGAGAAUCAGCAACAACAACAACAACAAACAUCAUCAGGCUAUUCACAACAACAUAUUAUCGAAACUGAUUAUCAUCCACCACCAGUUGCAGAUUUUGGUUAUGGUCGCGGUGGUGCAACUGAAGGUUAUCGAGACACAUUUGAAUCAUGGGAAACGACUGGUGCUGCGAGUGGUGGUUAUUCAAUGAAUACUAUGUUUGCCGAUGGCGGUUUACAAACUGAUUAUGAAUUAAGUAACAUUAAUUCUGUUAGUAUGACACCAAAUGGUAAAUAUGCAAUUGUUGGACAAAGUCAAGGACCACCACAAAUAUGGGAUGCUAUUAAUGGACAAUUAGUAUCGAGUAUGCAAGGAACAAGUACUAAUUGUAGUAAAGUUGCACUAGCAUGUAGUGGAACACUUCUAGUUGGUUUAGCAAGUGAUGGUGUUGAUUCUCAACCAAGUAUACUUCAAAUAUGGGAUGUUAAUACAGGAAAACCAGUACAAUUAACACAUCAAAUAAAAUGUGCUACAUUUGCAUUAAGUAAUAAUUCAAGUAAUCUUAUUAUGGCUGGUAAUCAAAAAUAUGGACGUGGAAUAUCUGUUGGUAUACUUGAUUUAAAUAAUUCUGAAUUAACCAAAGAAAUAAAAUCCGAUACAAAUCAAUCGUAUGGCGGUACACCAUCAUUUGUUACAUUAACACCUGAUGAACGUUAUGCUAUUGUUGGUUGUACAUCAGGAUCAACAACAAAUUAUGUUGUUUUUGAUUUAACAACACAACAAGAAUUAGUUCAACCAUCAACAAUAAUUAUGGAUUGUGAACCAAAAUGUUCACUUGUUUUAAAUAAUGAACAAAUGUUAACUGGAACAAGAAAUGGACAAGUUAUUCUUUGGGAUAUACCAACAUGUCAACGUUUACAUACAUUAAAUGAUAAUGGACAAAGUGCUCAUCGAGAUCGAAUAACAGAUAUAAAAUUAUCACCUGAUCGUUCAUGUGUUGUAACAGCAAGUGCAGAUGGUACGGGCAAAGUUUGGGAUACAAAUUCAAAAGAACUUAUUUCAAGAUUAAUUGGACAUAAACGAGAAAUAACUUGUGUAUGUGUAUCAACGAAUCAAUUAGUAGCAACGGGUUCAAAAGAUCAAAAUAUAUGUUUAUGGCGUAUGCAAACAGGUCAAACAGCAUCAACCAUGCCUGUUUCUAUGACACCACUUGAUAUACACAUGGCUGCACAUAAUCGAACAAUUGUUGCUAUUGGUGACAAAGAUGGCGAAAGACAAUUACUGAUGCUUCGUGUCGUAUCUAUACAACGAUAA